ACCUUGGAAUGACUGAACAGAAACCCUGGUGCUCUCGGCACCUGCAAGCAAGGCAGCCAAAAUAAGGCAAGGCGGGCAGUCAGACCAGAAAAGAGCGUUGUUUCUUCCUCAAGUGACAUUCUUCUUACAGUAACUUUCUUGUGAUACCCAGCCCCGUCCCGCCCGCCAGACCAGCUCCAUCAGAUUACACACUGUAAACUUCAUCGACCGCAACCUUUGCGCCAGCCCUGUAUAUCUUCACAACAACAUCAACGAAGAAGCCUAGUUCACAAAGGAGGUCCGACUAUCCUAUCGAAGCAAUCCUCUGUUCAGUCACAACAACCCCUCCGUCCCCCAAAGCAACAUCAUGACCCGAUACAAAAGCACCCCCCUCUACGGCGGCGCUCUGGUCAGCGACUUGCCCGACAAGUUCGCCGACGUCAGCAAACUCCGCGAGGUCCCCGACAACCAAGAAGUCUGGAUCGACUCGGACGGCUUCACCAGCAUAAUCUUUGACAUCACAGAACGCGUCGGCCCCGCCGGCUCCAGCCCCGAAAUCGACGGCCGCGCCCUGACGACGCACCUCGAGGAGCUCGUCGGCGAGGACGUCGACACCGUCAAGGUGUGGAACACCACCGAGACCUCCUUUUCGCGCCUCAGCACCGAUAUCCCAGCCUACACUCUCAUCGCGACGCAGACCCCGCACGUGUCCAAGUCUUCUUCCUCCUCGAGGUCUUCGUCGGCGCCUGACUUUACGGCUAUUAUUCUUACGCUUGUUCGUCUGGAAAAGGAGUCGACUGAUAUUUUGGUGACGAUUAAUGUGCCGCAUAUCAAGGGCGAGUACGAUGAGGCUGAUGUUGAUUUGGAGCUUGGUAAGCAGGGAAAGUUGAUUGGGGAUGCGGUUGAGUAUGCUGCGCGGAUUUGGGAGACGUUCAAGGUGAAGGACUGGUCUCUGUUCCAGGAGGUUUGAGAGAGGAGGAAGACGAGGAUAGGGGUUCGAUGAAAGAAAGGGGAAGUAGGAAGGGUCAUCCCCAGAACGGAUGCAAGUGUGAAUGAUGAGGCAGAUACACACCCCACGAAAAGCAGUUGACAGAUCUGGGUAUUCCCCUUUUCCCGCCAGGGGCGUCAACACGGAGAAGGAGGAUGGUGAAAGUUGACGAUGAUGCGAGAUGAUAGCCACGCCAUCUCUUAGGUUCUUUAGGUUUUACUGGUUGAGUUAUCCUAUGCCGAGAAUUACGAUAUCAAAAAUUUAAAGUGAAGUUUAUGAUUACCU